UUAUUUCUUAGUUGGAAGGAAGAAUAACUCUAUAACCUGGACACUACCAUCAAAUGACUUCCCAGUUGAGCCGUAUGGUGACCCACACUGGGCUAGUAACCUUGGUGACGCUCCCAUCCUUGACUUCAGAGUACAGAUAGCGACAGCAGAAGAUUUUCAACAGACAAAAGCUCACUGGUAAAAAAUAUCUGAUAUAGAAACGGGUUUUCUAUCGAAAUUUACUUUUUAAAUCAAUAUCAACGAUUAGACAUAUCUCAUAUAUAUGCAGUUUUCAAGGAACGUAAAACUACUACUAUGCAAAAUUUAAGUUUAAUACCUUCACUUCCAUUUUCCAGGUCAUUCAGAUUGCAAUCUAAACGUCCUUUAAAGAAACUGAUGGUAGACGACCAAGGAUGCGAUAUGUUGAAGCCAGGGAUUGGAAACAUAGCCUACGUGAAAGAUAUACAGACAGAAAAAAUUGUAACUACAGGAUAUCGUUGCUCUAUUUUUGCAGGAUUUCAACAUUCAUUAACAGGAUUUGGUUGGGUGAGUAAAAAUUUGCUUGUAACGAAAGAAACGAGACAUGCUCAUUCCAUUUUAUUCACGAGUUAGCUUGAUUCAUAUUUUCCUUGAGUAAGUGUCCGACCAAGGAUCGAAGGCAAGCGUGAUGACCACGCGACACCACCAUGCAUGUGCUGGUUGUAUUCCUUAAAGGCGUUUUUAAAAAUUGGGCGGGUGGGUUACAAAAGAACAUCCACAUGCACUGAACGCAUUUCUAUGGACUUUCUUGCAUACUUAGCAAAUAAAACAAAAACGAAAUGUUGAUUUCAUGCAGUAAUCGUUAAGGGGCAACAGAUAAUGGCCAAUUUCAGAAAUAUUGAAAAAACCGCUCAGGUGCAGCAAUGUUUUAUUAUACAUAUAUAGCCUGGACGCCCCCCUCCCCUCAUAUGAAACAAGCUUUUGCAGAUGGGGCUAUCGUUUUUCAGCAUGAAUAUUUUUUUUUCAUUCAUUCAUUCAUGCUCUUUCCAAAUUGGCAAAGUAAAAGAUUUAACAUUAGUGCAUGAGCUUAAGCAAGUGACGUUUUUGACAACACGGACGUCGAGCGGAAGAAAAAUUGACGUUUUUCACCAAUCACAACCCUUGACCCAGUCUUCUGACGUUACUCAUGCCGUUCGUGUUGUCAAAAACGUCACUUGCUUAAGCUCACUAUUAUCUUCUCACUCAACAUGGAAGGUGCAUUGCCAUGGCCAUGUUUAUACUCAAGGCUGUAUCAGUUAUACAGUGAGUAAUGUGUGAAAAUAUUUAACUAUAGCGGGAGCUUACAAGAUAGUUCAUAACGUAUUGAUGGUGUUAGGGUUGAGGUUAGAUUACUAUAAUUCAGGGUAAGGUUUAGGAUUGUUACAAUACUAAAUGUUUUCAAUUUGAAGAUUUUGAAAACAAACCGUUCUAUCUCUUCUUGUUGCGAUUAGGGUGAAUGUAACCUCUGAAGGUACUAACAAAAUUUAGAAAUCAAACAACAACUCCAGUACCUCAUAGGCCUGCUAUUUACUGUUUCAGCACAAGAUGAACUCUUGCUUAAAUAAACCAUGCGCAAGUGGAUACGCAUUUUGGGAUCACCCACAGGGAGACGUGCAGGUGGAUUUUUACGGAUCGUUCAGGUAAUGUAUUUAAUUGGAAGCGAACUAAUAAAACGUUAAAAAUUUUGAACUUUUUUUAGGCAACGUUCGUAUAAUUGAAAACACUUUCCCAUAUAGCUGUUGUAGAAAUUGGUUUCCAUUCUGUAUUAUAAUAGCGAACUUGAGCAAGGCUAAUUAGAGAGGAGUUUAGCAAAGACGACGCGACGUCAAAGAGGACGUGAAAAUGGCGUAAAAAUGUUGUGAUAUGCCUAUCUAUGGAUGUGCCCACGCCAUUUUUACGCCAUUUUCACGUCAUUUUUGACGUCGCGUUGUCUUUGCUAAACCUCUCUAUUGAUCUAGUAUGGAGACAUGACAAGAAACAGCCUUAAAUUUUACAAUUUUAUAAUUAUAAAGAACGACUGUUAUCAUGACAAUUUAUUAUUAUCUACUUUAGUUAUUUUACAAUUCAUGCUGUUAUUAAGAACUAAUUCAAUAAGCAGAACGAAAGUGCAACGUGAGCAGCUAUUAGUAUGAUAUACUAAUACAAGGAAACGAACAGAAAUUAGCAAGUAAGAUCCCACGGGAGUUUUAGACGUCGCCGUUGCUUUCAGUGUUUACAACAGCGAAAUACAGAUUAUCACGUCUCGUAUACAACGCUUACAUUUCAAAAUGAUAAAAGUCCUCCUUCAAUUGGGUCCUAGAACCCUUCUCAAACAAAAACCCUGUGUUAACCCUUGAUCUUUAAACUGUAUUAGCUAUAUUUAUGCAAUCAUUUUAUUCAACGAGUUUGUUUCCCGUCGACCGUCGUCGUCGCGGUAGCGCCUUUCUCUUUGUGAAUUUGAUACUGCACGAUACUGCCUCGAUCAAUCAAGAAAGCCCCUGCAUAUUAACGUAAAUUAGUUUUUGCUUAUUUAAUAGUUUUAGCGUCUCUGGUAAUCAUUCAGGAUUGACGCAUGAUGCCACAGCAUUUGUAGGCUGUUCACCGAAUCAGGUAACAAUAUGUUUGGGAACGUCACAAAGAGUUUAUCCUUAUAUAUCAGUAUAGAAGUUCAAGCAUAAGCUUAAAUAGAACAAAGUCACGUCCAAUAGUCUCUUCAAUUUCCGAUUUCUUUGGCUUUACUUUUCCAGUUGGACAGAUAACUGAAGUUCUUACUCUAGAAGUAUACCUCUAAGUCCCAUGCGUUACUCACAUACAUGUAUUUGUAACUAUUUUCGUUUUAUCAAGAAAUGUUGCGGAUGUUUUGGCCCUGUUGGUGGUACGGAUGACUACUGCAGCCCUGACUGCACAGCCAAAAAUGGUGGAACUGUUAAAAAGAACACUUACACAUGGUUCUGGGUGAGAACUUCCACUCCGAAACGCGUUUGGAACAAAUGCAUGGAAUACAAAGUGACGAACGAAAAUGGCGACAUGGUCUCGUACCGAUUAUUCGAUGGAAAUACCACACCUGAAAAGGUAACAUAGUUAUAAGCACUCAGUAUAUACAAAUGGUUAAAAAUGUGGAAGACAUGCUUUUUAAUUUCAUCCUUUUAAUUUUUGACCAUAGCCUUUAUACUACUUAUACUAGAAAUACAUGCAUGCAACAACCCCUCGCCUAUAUUCUCCAAACAUUGUUUCAACAUGAAGUAUAUUCGUAAUUACGCCAAUAUUGGACGCAGGCUCGCAUCUCACUGAUCUCAAAAUAUGGCUGUUUGCCAGGAGUGAAGAAGGGGAAAAUAUAAAAAUUACAUGUAACAAAGCUUGGAAAAUCAUUUCACAUAACAAAUUAUCAAACUUUUUUCAAUUUUUAAACGUAAAAAUUUAUAAGAAUUGAUUUAGUAUGAGAAAUUCUAAAGUAUAGCCUGUAGGGCAAGUGUGUUUCAAUUGUUUAUGUAUGACUUUUUGACUAAAUAUAUAUAUAUAUAUAUAUAUAUAUAUAUAUAUAUAUAUAUAUAUAUAUAUAUAUAUAUAUAUAUAUAUAUAUAUAUAUAUAUAUAUAUGUACUAUUUAAAGCACGCGUAUAGGAGUGUUUUAUCACAUAUAAAACACGAUGCGUAGCGGAGUGUUUUAUAUGUGAUAAAACACGACUACAAGUGCUUUAAAUGGCUCAAAAAACGACUUAUCUUAUACGAGUUCAUUGGCGACGUAAUUUUUAAAAUAAACUUUGUCUAAACCGAGAAAAUCAAAGCUAAAGUUUAUGUAAAUUAACAUGAUUUUUUAUCACAUGUAAAACCACGACACGCUUAUGAUUUUUCUUUGUAUUUUGCUCCUGAAUAUAUAUAUACAAAGUCAUACAUAAACAAUUGAAACACACUUGCCCUAUAGGCUAUACUUCAGGAUUUCUCAUACUAAAUCAAUUCUUAUAAAUUUUUACAUUUAAAAAUUGAAAAAAAUUUGAUAAUUUGUUAUGUGAAAUAAUUUUCCAAGCUUUGUUACAUGUAAUUUUUAUAUUUUUCCCUUCUUCACUCCUGGCAAACAGCCAUAUUUUGAGAUCAGUGAGAUGACCACCCAUACACCCAUAAACCGCGCCCGCGAUAAUUGAUAAACUUUAGACUUCGCUAGUGCGUUCCUUUCCCCGGGUGUAAAUAGCCAGGGGGAAUUAGUACCCUCGCCCGGGCUUACGCCUGGUUGGCUCGAGCCGACGUGCGAGGGUACUAAUUCCCCCGGCUAUUUACACCCAGGGAAACGAAAGCAUUAGGUAAGUCUAAAGUACAUCAAUUAUCGCGGGCGUGGGUGACCAACGUGGGUGGUCAUCCUCACUGAUCUAAAAAAUAUGGCGGACUGUCAUGAAUAGCGGACACUGAUUGGUCUAGUUUAAAUUUGCAUUUUAACGACUGCAUGACGACAGCGAAAUAGCAAACAUUUCUUGAUUCGAUGAUUGAUAAAUUUCACGCAAAUAUAUUUCAUUUUUGCUCGCAUUUUUGCAAGAUUUUGUAAAUUUCAAGAAAAAAAGGGCGAAAGAAUCGGAUAAAAGAAGGGAGCCGACGUUAACGAAGGUAAAUUUGUUUUAAAUAUUGAUUUUAUAAAUUAUAAUGAAUUUAAUAAAACCCGACGGCCUUUGCGUAUAUGAAACAACUAUUAAAACAAGACAGCAUAUAAUUUCAGUGUAUCUUUAUAAAUAUUGAUUCCCUUUUUUUAUUAUAUUGAAUUCUUUAAAUACAAAAAGAAAGCAAAGUUAUUUGCAAGUAAGAAUUUGAAAUCAUUUUAUUGCAAACUCAAAGUUUAUCGAUAAAGCCAUUUAAUUAAAGGCAGUUUAGUUUUGUCAUGAAUAAUAAAAUAAAUUUAUUUUAUUAUCCAUGGUUUUAUAAAGAACACUUUAAAACGUUUGGCGAGGCGUUUGUGGUUGAAUUUUACCUUCAGUUGAGGCUUAUAUUACGUAUAAUAACAUACCUAAUAUAUAUAUGUUGGGAAAUUGAUAAUUUUGUAAUUAAAAGUGAUAUUUUUAGGCGAUUUUUCAUUUGUAAGAAUAUUUUAAAAAAAUUAUCGUGUUACCAUGACAACUAUUUUAGAUUGCAUGCAUGUUUGGAAAAUACAAUGGUUUUGUCAGCAAGGCGAGGGUUCUGCAUUCACGUAUUUUCUAGUUCUAGUUUAUGAUCUUAAACCUUGGUCCGACUACAAGGAUUAAAUACAGAUCACCCAGCUUGUGAAAGGCAAGCGUCGUAAGGACAACACCACAAGGAGUAAGGAAAGCCUCACAUAUCGAUUUUUUCCACGAGAAACGUCAUAUGUUCGUUUGGGGGUGGGGGGAGGGGGAGAUUGCACUUGUGACGUUUCUCUGUAAACAUCAUGGAAAAAUUCGAUAGUUUUUUGAAAGCCUUAACAUUUCGGAAUCAUCUUUGCAGAGUACAAAAAAGACUGAAAUGGCAGCUAUCUGAUACAAACACUAGUCUAUACAUUCGUAUUACCACACCUGCUCUUUAUGUAUACCUUUAUAUUAUUAUACGCAUUCCUUGCAUUGAAAACACUCAAAUUUCAAGAAAAACGCGAUACAAUGAUCAAUAUUUCAUGCAAAAAAAGUUGUUUUGAGAAACGUUGGAAAAUUUGAAGUUCAUAUAUAUUAAUAAAAAAAAGAUAUGUCAGCAGAAGAUGACAUAUUUCUCGCGGAAGCAUCGCCAAUAGCCUACCGUAGAAAAUUGCCUUGCCAUAUUGAACAAAAUAUCUAUAACUAUGUGCAUGUGACGUUUCUAAGAGGGGGGUAGGGGGUCUCCAGAGAAACGAACAUAUGACGUUUCAUAUGGACAAAAUCGAUAUGUGAGGCUUCCCUAACGACGACGAGACCACAAGGACUAAUUGUUUUAAUUGAUUGUUUUAUUAUUCCCAUGACCAACUCUUUGUCUAGCAAAUGAAAUAUUUCAGAAAUUGUGUCCAAAAGUUUUGCCAAGCGUGACGAUUAUGCGAGAGUACUACCGCAACUUUAGAAUUUUGUGACAACUAUAGAAUUUUAUUAAAGUUUUAGAAUACAAGUUAAACUAGAGGGCACUCAGAGACUGCAUACCUCCGCCCCCAUUGAAUUUCGGUCGUGUGAAAUGCAACUAAGACAAUAGAUAAUGAAGGCUGAAGCUUAAUGAGGUUUAUCAUCUCAUUAUUGUCUAUAGUACUGCGUGUAUACAUUAUACACGUCCUAAUUACGCAUUCAGUGAGUUUUUUGUAAUUGACCGGGAAAAGCAAGACAAAAUUUUGUUCAUUUCUCGUUCAAUUUUUGACCAAAUUCAACCAAAUUUUAAUCAAUUCUUCCUUAGCCGAUGGGAAAUGCAUUCAAAAAAUUUCGUAUGAAUAUGUUUGGUAUUUCUUGAGUUAUCGUGCUCACAGACAAACACACACACACACAUACACAUAAAAACCCAGAUGAUUACAUAACCUCCUGGCGGAGGUAAUAACACACGACGUACUUUAAACAUUACUAAAAAUAACACGUUCAAAUAAUUAGAAUCAUUGGAUUUAAAUUUUACACCAUAUUUAUGUGUCUAGGGCAAUUGUCCCAGGAAUGAAGCUUUAUUGAAUGAGGGUGUAAGUAUGUUUAUAAUUAUGAACUUAAUUUGCAUAUAUUUCCGAUAAUAUUGUCCAUGAGUAACUUCGUUAUACAAGUAACUAGUUAUAGUUACCAUGAAGUAACGGCAACUAUACUUCUUUGUAGCAACGUGUUGGAAUAUUUUUUAUUUGUCGCUGCAGUGCUAGAAGUCGAUAAAUUCAUAAACAUUGGGUCGUGGAAUAUAUAGCUACAUUUGACAUAAUUAUCGAUUAUAGCUAUAGCUGCGCAGCUAUUUUGUAUUACAAAAUUUCCUAAUUAGUAACUAGUUGCAAAAUGUCACUUUUACAACACUGAGCCUGUAUAAACGUAUAAUUACAAACUUAAUAUUCACUUAUUUAUAGUGAAAGCAAAGCAAUAAACCUCAAUAUGUUUUAGCGUACUCUAUGCGGUCAGGGAAGAAACAAUGACUUUGUUUCAUUUUGGGAUUUAUUUGGGAACUUUUUGAUAAUCAAGUUGAAAUGAAUCUCAAAGAAAGGUUCUCUUCUUUUCAGAUUGUCGUGGUUCCAGAUGCGGAGACAGAAAAGAAAUUGCCAGAAAUUCCUGGAUUGUUGGAAUAUCGCAAGGACACCAAGGAACUUUAUUUGAGAGCAAAUAAAACAUGGAAAAUCAUCGCACCGAAAAAAAAGGUAUUUGGACAUGAUAUACAAAUAAAUGAAUGGCGGUAAAUAUUACGUAUCAAACUUUCACUUAAAACAAACUUUGUAUAAUCGCAAUCUUUCUUCCUCGAAUACCUAUAUGAGAAGAACAUCAGAAAUAUACUGUAAUACGCACGUAAAAACGCACAAGUUGUUCAAAUUCUGCAAACAAGUUGUUACAAAUCUGUUCACAAGCUGUCGACAUGUUGUUUUCGCACUGCUUGUUCCCAGUUGUUGUAACAAGUUUGGAACAAGCUGUUAACAACUUGUAACAAGCUUGAUGGCAUUAUCAGAUUUGUUACAAGGUUGUUCUAGCAAGUCUGAUACAGUCAUGAUAUAACAAGAAUGUUACAAGGUUGACAACAUAAGGUUGUAACAAUACUGCUAUGUCAUGACUGUAUCGGACUUGUUGGAACAACCUUGUAACAAGCCUAAUAUACACAAGGUUGUUAUAAAUUAUUAACAGCUUGUUCCACACUUGUUAACAACUUGUGACAAGCAGUGCGAAGACAACUUGUUGACGGUUUGUUGACAAACUUGUUACAAGAUGAGAGAUUUUGCGUUUGUAGAAGGGACUUGCGUGUGAAUUCGAAAUUUUCCUUUGUUGAUCACGUGAUUGCAAAAUGCGUCGGUGGUACAAUGUCAAUCAUUAACAAGCAAAGCCAUUUUUAUCCGGACAAAAUUUGUUUCUUUACAAAAUAAUUCGAUGAUUUUAUGCCAACAUUCAUAGAUUCUUGAAAAGACAUCAGCAAUUGUUCCUAAAUUAAAAAGUAUUGAAGAAAAGUUGCAGAAACAAAAUCGAACGGUAAGUUGAUUGUUUUGUUCAAGUGAACACAUGGGAAUCUCUUACAGAAUUUUGUCCGUUUGUCGCGCAUGCCCGUCGUAUAUGUAUGUGUAUUUGUGAAACUUGUUAAUAUAAUAAACUCAUGAAGAAAACACAAAAGAAAUCAUGAGUGCAGUGAAGGAGUUUGUAUAUUAACCUGAUCGCAGGUUAUUUGUAUAUCUGAUACAAAAUCAUACUAAUUUACAUAAAAUUUAAGUUUAACUUUCUCACCAAAUAUCAUUUAUUUCAAAUUGUUGUAGAAUUCGCGUUCUGUGUAUCGAAUAUACGAACUCUCACCUUCGGCUCGCGUUUGUAUAUCCGAUACAAUGCGCUCACUGUUGUAAAUAAUAUACAUAUAAUAUAUAAAUAUAUACUGCAUGCAUGUUAAUUAUUUUCACUAUUUAUUUUAAAAGCUAAGCAAGGUAUUUAAAAGCGAUAUCGUUCAGCUCAAAAUGGAAUUAAAAAGUGAAGUUAGUCAACUCAAAACUGGAUUAAAAAUCAACGUCACUCAGCUAGAAAACGAAAAUACAGAAUUGAAAAGCGACAUAACCAAACUCAAAGCAAACAAAACAAGAUUAGAAGACAACAUUUCAGGAAUCAAGAAAGUUAUCGAAAACAUGAAUGAUACUUUGAACAAUUUAGUGAGCCUGGCUAAAGGUUUGUAUUUUUUUUUUCAUUUCUGAAAUGAAAUCUUCACUUUAAUUUGCAACUCAAUCGCCCACAAAUUUGACUGGGAUUUUCGGAAGGAUUACCAAAACUUUUCAAUGUGCAUCCAUGAAUAAUGGUGGUCAAUAACAAUUAAUCCUUGUUUUUCUACUAUAUAUUAUAUAACAUGGCAGGGGGGGAGGGGGUGAAAAAAUAUCAAAAAUAUGUCGGGCGGGGACUUACAAAAAAAAUCACCAUAGUCGUACGCCUCCCCUUCAGCCAAAUUAUCAAUUCCCCCUUACUUUCAUUAGACAAAUGUAAUUGAAACUGUCAUGUCUACCUUCUCCGUAGGCGUUUUGAGAAAUGCGGGGAACGCCUGCUGAAUAAUCUUUUCAAAGUGGCGGAAGCACAUCACCGCCGUCGAUUUUAUCUUCGCUUUUUAAAUGUUCUUCGUCGCCGCUGUCUGCCAACAAAAACACAUAUUUUUAUUUCACAAUUAAUGGAUCAUUUUCGGAAAGAUUUUCUGGGCAAACCCGAGUACCGACACUUAUUCUCGAGACUCGAAAAUUUUCUGUGGGCGUUUCCCCGCCUUUCUUAAAACGCCUGCAAAUCAGCCCCCAAAUUAUCGCGCCCGCACGGAGUUGGUUAAUAACAAAAAGCCUGUGGAGAAGGUAGUUGUCAUGUUAUGUCAGAGCUGCAUGGUUAUAAACGUAAUCAUAUAUUCAGAGAUUUAUAUAGUAGUCUAGUAUACGGAGUUUAUGCAAAAUAAAAAUUAUUUAAAUUUAUAAAGAUAGUAGAGCAUUAAAAUUAUAUAUAUACCCUGCAGAUCUCAUUGUACAGGAAAGAAUUAAUGUGAGACUGGAAAUUUUAAAAUCAUAUAAUUCAUUAAACAUUUUAAUAAUUAGGCGAAAUAUAUACUUUAUAAUCACGUUUUACUUUUAACUUUGACGUAGAUUCUCUAUUUCUAUCCAUGUGCACUUGCAGAAUAAUAUGACUAAAUAUUUCCUACUCACCUAAUAAUUUAAUUCUUAAAUAGAUCCGAGGUUUUCUGAAUCAGUCAUAUUAUCUGAAAAACUUUAUUAUGAUCAAUUAUUAAAAUCAUGGAUCGGGGGUUUUACUUAUUCGAGCCUGUGUUGGCGCGCGACAAGAGAUGGCUGGGCUAGCAGUACAUUCCACAGCAACUGUGAUAACAAGAAACCAACAGUUACCCUGGUUAAAGUUGGCAGUUAUAUUUUCGGCGGGUAUGCUACAGAGUCUUGGGAAGGUAAGACUAUUUAACAAUUAGACAACGAGGCCGAGUUGUCUAUGAGCGAAUAGUCAACGAGGCGAAGCCGAGUUGACUAUUUGCUCAUAGACAACGAGGCCGAGUUGUCUAAUUGUUUUAGUAUAAACUUUAACAUUAAUUUACAACUAGGCUGCAAACACAAUACAAAAAUACACAAAUCUGUACAGAAUUGUACGGAAAAAAUCAUCUGUACAGAAUCGUAUAGAAUUGUACGUCCAAAAAAUCAUCAGACACUUCGGCAAAAGUGCAAAACGCGAAUUUUCCGUCAUUUUGAAUUUUCUAUUAGUAGGCUAUCACUAAUAGCCUACUAGUAGCGUAGCCAAUCAGAAGCAACGAUAUGUGAUAGCCUACUAGUAGGUUUAUACUAAAUAAUAAUAUUACUUCGGCUUUCCGUCAUUUCUUUCCAACCCAUUAGCUUUAGGUGUAAGGAUUAUACUGAUCAUGAGUGAAAGUAUUGUCUUGAAAUUCAGUUUAUUGAAAGAUAGGGUUGUAUGCAAGGAUGGAUCCAGCAUGAUCAGGUAGGGGAGGGGGGGGGGUGCUCUACCAACUCUGGUGCCGAGUGUCGGUCAUGUGUACCGCCCGCCCAUCAACUUGCUUCACUCACUGAAGAGUCUUGCCUUAUUUGAAUUGUAACUGUUGUUCGCAGUUCGCUUAUCAUCAUGUUCGCAGUUCGCUCAUCAUCAUGUUACUGUAUCUCAUUUUGCCUCUAAUAAUUUUUUGUUUUAUCAUGAAAAAUAGCACACACACCCUGCACCCCCUCUGGCCAGGCCGGCUAGGGGGGGGGGCGCUCCCCCCCGGUAAAUCCAUCCCUGAUUGAAUGCAAGCACGUAGAGUACGUGAAAAGAAACUACAUGAUUGAAUAUAACUAAACUUUCUUUUUAUAAACUUCUUAGUUAUCAAAAUAUGUUUUGAUAUCAUGAGGCGCGAAUCGGCUCUCGAAUCUCACGAAUCGGCUAUCGCUCAUAUUCGACGAGAGUGAAUGGAAUAACUGUUUUAUUGUAUACACAGGGUCUGAAUUCCCAGACUUUGCUUUUUGGAUAUUUUCAAUAUUUUUCUAUUUUGUUUAUGUUCUUAUCUUCGCUCUAUAUAUAUAUAUAUAUAUAUAUAUAUAUAUAUAUAUAUAUAUAUAUAUAUAUAUAUAUAUAUAUAUAUAUAUUCUUUAAUCUUCUCUAAUUUUUCUAAUUAAAAUAAUUCUCUAAUUUUUCAAUUUCGUCCGCGGCUGCAACACUGCUGCAGCGACACUCAAUAUAAAUUAGUCUGAUUAAAUAUGUCAAAACAUUAUUUUUACGUUAUAACAGGUAGUUUGCAGUCCAAACAAGCUCCAGGAUCCUUCAUAUUUUCUCUUCGUAACAAGGAAAAUCUCCCGCCUUUUAAAGCCCCACUGAUAGAUCAAAAUACUAGGUGGGCAAUUGACGCAGAAAAUAGAUAUGGGCCAUCAUUUGGAGGAGGUCAUGAUAUGCACAUAUCUAAUGAUGCUGCUUCGAAUACCGGUUCAUACACAGAUUUUAAUUUCUACUACCAAGCUCCAUCUGGUGUCAGCGACACAAGCAGCAUCCUGGCAGGAACCUACCAAUUUCAACCAACAGAAGUUGAAGUGUUCCAUAUUAUCUAGAACGUAUCUCAAUAUAUAUUUGUGCACUAAAUAUUCUGCAUUUUUAUGAUUGCGUUGCAAGGAAAAUUCAAAUUGACCGAAUAAGUCGCUUUCCCAAACUAUCUUAUGCCGGUUUUCCACUUGGCGGAAUUUUCUAUAUCUUGUGAUUUUUCAUGUGGAAUUAAUUAGAAAAGUAAAAAAAAAUCCGCUCUGGCACACAAUUCCGCAUAAGCCGUGGGCCAAAAUUAUUUCGCUUCGUGGCACCCAUGUGGGAAGUACUUGGUUUGUGGUUUAUUUGAAAGGCAUAUAGGUACAUUACUACCAAAAAAGCUCCCAAGCAAAAAUACUGAGAAAAUAGAUGAUCAAUGAUUAUCCUCUAUUAAUUGAAUUAAAAUAUAUUACAGCAAAAAAUGGGCAAUUUUGUAUUCAAUUACAAUAAAAAUGACAUGCAUCAUCGGAAAACGUACAAAAAACCACUGAUCACUCAUUUUCUCGGUAUUGGGCAGGUUUUUCGCUUGGGAACCUUUUGUAGUAAUUGAGCAUUCGUGGUACUAUGCAUUGAAUCACAGAAAAUCUAUUCCCCAUGAAAGUGCCAUGAAAUUGAUUUUCUUAAUACAGUGGAACCCCGUUAAUACGGUCACCAACGGGCCGAAAUAAUAUGGCCGUAUUAACGGGGUGAGAUCAAAUUUCAAUUGUGACGUCUUAAAGCUAUGUUUAUUCGAAAAUCACAAUAACACCAUACCCCACCAUAAUACCAAUUAAUAACUAAACAUUAUAAAGUUCAGAUAAAGUUGUCACUAAUUUUAAGGAAACAAUGUUAGGGAAUACAACGUCGCUAAAGAACCUUGUAUUCUUAUUAUUUCCUUUGCGCGACUGAUAAUAAAAAUAAAAAAAUUAGUAAUAUGAUGCAACUUAAAUUGUGUGUUUCACAGCACAAGGUGUCUUAAAUUAUACUGCAUUUCCGUCCGUAAACACAUUUAUUUUUUUGAGUGACCUUAUUAACGGGGUGAUUUCUUUAGUUUGGGACUCUACAAUAUGGCCGUUGGCCGUAUUAACGGGGUGGCCGUAUUAACCGAAUAACUUUAUUAUAAAAUGUAUUAGUGUUUCGCCGGGACAAAAAAAGCGACCGUAUUAUCGAGGUGACCGUAUUAACGGGGUAGCCGUAAGGCGGGGUUCCACUGUAGUGGAAAACCGGCUAACCCAUCUAUGGUACUAUGCUAAUUAUCCUCAUUAUUACGUCACAUUGCGUAACGACUUCCCCCGGAAACUGCAAGAUCUUGCUAUAUCGUUCAUCUAAAUCGUAAAACCGUGCAUAUGUGUUAGGUCAACAUGCCACAAAUAUAUAGUAUAUGACGACAGAUUCGAAUCAGUUAUCUCUAAGAGUUAUAAUUUAAAUUUCACAAAAUCUUUAUGCAAGUCGAUCAUUCUUGAAUAUCUCAAGAAAGAAACAAGCCAAGAUAGUUUGGACAAAGUAUUUUACAAUAGUCAUUUUGAAUUUUCUCUACAAUUCAAUCAUAAAUCAGUGAUGAAACGACAUGCAAGUCAUCCAUGUGUGUUUUAAACUGCGAGGGAUAUGGAAAAGAUGGAGUGACAUUACACAAAGUUAGACAAAUACAAAGUCAUGCGAAAACGAUUGAUAAUGUGAUUUAUUUGGCUAACAUACAGCUCAACAUAAAUACUUACACCUCAUAUGCAGCAGUUAAAACGUGGGUUGACUUGCGUGUCGUUUGAUUAUUACAAGCUAUUGUUACAAGUACUUUACGUUGAUUUUUUUUUAAAUUUUCCAUAAAAGAUUUUUUGUAGUUUUCAUAUAUGUUUCUUAUUAAUCUUUUCCCUUGUUUAAUAUAAUCUUAAUGCUUCUAAUUAUUCAGUUGUUAAUUACUUAUAAAUUGACUUAUUAAUAUUAUGCAUGGUUAGACACAAUUCACUGAAAGUCUAGCUUUCAGAUAUUGAUUUCACAUAUUCAAUCUAAAACAGCACAGUCAUAGAUAUAGUGCAGCUGGUCAAACAAUUACGAUUUCUGAGAUUGGGGUUAAAUCUAGUUUAACCAGUGGUGUAAAAUCUUGUCUUUGUUAAAUUAAGUAAUAAAGUUGAUUUGUUGCAAAGUUCAGCGUCCUUUAAUUAUUUUAACGUAUUGACUGUUAAACAUUUGUACCAUGUGCGCAUGGUGGAAACAUGGAUAAUAAAAUAAAUGGAUAGGAAACUAGCUGACGUGACCUAAUGUUUUCAAUGGGCUGAUGGCGUGAUUGGAUGUUGAAACCUAGUUGC